AGAUUUGAUCUGGAAAGCAAAGAGAGGUGUAUCUGCAACUCUCAGGAGAGGCACAAGAAAGGGCUGCAGAAACUACAGAGAUUAUUAAGCAGCAGAGCAGAAGAAGCUGGAUGAUUCUCUGAAGCAGUCACCACGUGAUGUGCAAACUACAGCAUCAGGGAAGAGAAUCGAAACUAAACUCUUUUUCAUUUCUCCAGGGAGAUGCCUGGGACCAGUUAGGGCUGGGGGUGGAGAUUUCUCCUCCUCUGGAGAAGUGUGUAGUGUUGCUCAUUGAUCUCUUUCUCUCUCCAUCAGGCAGCCAGCCCUUCAGUCUCUUUUUCAGCUGCUUCUCUGAGGCUUCUGGCAUUGACUCCUGAAGCCAUGGCAGAGGCAUCAGAACUGGGAACAGCUUCUAGUCUAGAAGAGGAACUCCUGUGUCCCAUAUGCCUGGAUGUCUACAGGAACCCGGUGUCCCUGAGCUGCGGUCACAGCUUCUGCAAAGACUGUGUCCAGAAAGCCCUGAGCGCUCAGCAAUCCCAGGAAGGCUCCUGCCACUGCCCGCUGUGUCAGGCCCAGCUGGAGCCCUCGCCAGAGCUGCAGACAAACUUCCAGCUCUGCAGCAUCGGCGGGAAGUUACUGGGUGCUCCCAAGAAGAAGGGUACUAGCCAGGAGGAAGAGGCACCACCACAGCCUGAGGAAAUAGCAGGAGGAGACACUCCUCAGGAAGAUGAGACAGUCGUUUGUGAUUUCUGCCUGGAGCAAUCUCAGCCUGCAGUGAAGACCUGUCUGAACUGCGAAGCUUCUCUGUGCCAAGCCCACCUGAGCAAACACAAUGCCAGGGCCACCCAGAGCAACCAUGUCCUGGUGGAGCCCAGCGCUGGCAAGUCCCUGGAGGAGAGGAAGUGCUUGGAGCACAGCAAGCUGGUGGAGUGCUACUGCGUGGAUGACCUGGCCUGUAUCUGUGUGUUGUGUUACAUCGCAGGCUCCCACAAGGGCCACAAUAUCAUCACACUGAAGGAGGCUUGGGACAAAGAACUGGGCGUUCUCCACCAAACUGUGAAAGAGCUGCAAACUAGUGAAAGUGAAUUGAAUAAAAGCUUAGAAAAUCUGCUGGAAAAUGAAGAAAAAGUCAAGGCUGAUGAGAAGAUGCUCAGGGAUCAGCUAUUGAAGCUCCUCAAAGAGGUCCAUUCUCAGGUGGAUCAGAAGCAGAGGGAGAUCCUGGAAGCCAUCAAAUCUAGUACAGAGGAGCAGCUUUCUGAAAUUCAGAAGCGGAAACAAGCAACUGAACUGAAGAGAGAUGAGGCUGGUAAGAUUGUUCAGGAACUGCAGGCUUCGAAAAGACAAAGAGAUGCUUUCCUCUUUCUCAAGACAUUUAAAGUGGCUCAAGACAGGUUAAGGCAACGAGAUUUCAAGGUAGAUGACAUGAAAAUGCCGGCACCCGUUGUACAACUGGAUUGCUUAACAGUGGAGAAUAUUCUAAAGAAGUCACAGCAAUUCAUCUCAGAUGUACAUACAUGGAUGCAAGUGUCAUAUAAUCACAACCACCUGACCUUUCAAACUGAGGAUAAUAAUCCAAAUCUCAUGAUUACAAAUAAUCUUCAAACUCUCAGUAUUUCUGUGAGAAGAGGUUUGGGGCCAUAUCAUGUACCCAACAUGUUCCCAAUGGCACUGAGUUCACAGGCCUUUUCUGCAGGCUGGCAUUUCUGGGAAGUGGACACCUCAUCUGGAGUUUGCUGGAGCCUUGGAGUCACUACCUGCUCCUCUCUGAGGAAUAAAACUAACAUGUAUAACUACUACUUGCAAAAAGAAGGCAGCUGGCUCAGUGUAUUUGAAAAUGGUACAGUGACUAUAAAGCAGGAAUGGGAAAAAGUUGUAAGAGUUGUGAGGGUUGAGCUAGAUUGUGAAAAAAACAUGAUGUCCUUUUAUGCGUCUGACCACAUGCCUCCUGAAAAGGAGCCUACACUUAUAAAAACACUGAGUGUGUAUUUGAAAUCCCCUUUCUAUGCUGGCUUUUGCCUUCUUCAAGGCUCCCUGACACUCUUGUAGUGAUAAAAGUGAUAAGAGAAAUGAGAUUAUUAUAUUGUUGGAUUUCAGUCACGUAUAGAGCAACAACAGUGAUGUGCAGAAGGUUGAAGCUAAUUUGAAAUGCUUUAAGCAGCAGUUGGGGUUUGGAGCUGUACUGGAGGCUGUGUAGGCACCAGGGUGAGUCUGCAGCGGAGUUCUCCUAGGACCUGGAGGGAGGAACAAAUAUUGCAACUGUCAGACUGAAAAGGAAAGCACAAGGUGACAGGAGAAGUAUAUCACAGAAAUAGAUCUGCAGUUAUUGAACAGGCCUAUCUUUGAGAACAAGGAUUUGUUUGGUGGGAUCUUUUAUUGAGACAGCUUUAUAGUUGGGAGACCGUGCUAGACAAACUUUAAGGCAUAAAUUUCCUAGGGAGGUGAUCUGAAGAAUGGCAUUUUGUGCUUGGAAGUUUACCUACAUCUUCUCCUACAUAUAUAGCUGGUUCUAUAAAAAGAUAUUGCUAAACACAUCCUGGUUCUCUCAGAUUUCCUGGACCAUCAACGACAUCCCAAUUAUAUCCCCUGUCCUUAGUAUACAGAAAUGAAUAGACAAGAGCCUUGAUAACUUAUCCUGUGAUUAAAAAAAAAGAUAAUCUGCAAGGAAACUUUUACUGUGUGUAUAUGUGUGUUUGAUGGCAUAUGAGGCUAUGCUGAUUGAGUAUCUUAUAACAAAAUAUAUUUGCAGGUGCCGUGAGUUUACAAAGACACUGUGCUGUCUAUGCAGCUUCUUCCCUGCAGAACAAGCAGACAUAAAAUAGCAGAAAGCCAUCUUUGCCUCUGCCUUACCAGCCUUCACCCUUGGCCUCAUGCCCCUGUGUUGCACCUCCUAAAAUAGUCAGCAUAGAGCCUUGUCCAGUAUGGCCAGUGAUUAGAGCCAGAGAGAGACUGGGAAGCCAGAGAGAGCAUGGCUCAAGAUUGGAACGAGAGAAACUUUCUCUGACCCACAGUCCCUCUGUGCAGCCUUGGGUCACUUCAGCUCCAUUUUUCCUCUGUUUGAAGCUCUGAAUUAAGAGGGAAAUUAAUCUACUCUUGUAAAGGGCUUUUUCUGAAUAAAAACAUUGCGUGUGUAUCCAAAGCC